AAAUUCAAAUUGGUAUCCGCGUAGAUGUGAGAAAACCGCAAAACUUUCCGGAUAACCUAAUAUUUACUACAAAAAUGACAGAAAUAAAUACCUUAAGAUGGAUCGACUAUCUGAUAAUAGCGAUGAUGCUGUGCAUAAGUACAGGAAUUGGUAUUUAUUACAGAUUUAGUGGAGGACGUCAAAAAACUAUACAGGAAUAUUUUAUUGCAAAUCGAUCAAUGAGCAGCGUGCCAGUUGCUAUCGCUAUGGUAGCAUCCUCUAUAUCUGCAGUUGGACUGCUCGGUAUAUCCGCUGAGAAUUACACAUACGGGACGCAAAUUGCUGUAAUAAACCUACCGUAUCUGUUGGGCACUUGGAUUGUAUGUUAUGGAUUCCUGCCAGUAUUUUACAAGCUGCAGGCGAUAAGCAUCUACGAGUACUUGGAAAAACGUUUCGGAGUAAGAGCUAGGGUAAUGAUUAGUUUUCUUUACUGGAUUCAACUACUAUUGUUCUCAGGAGUGGUACUUUACGCUCCUUCUCUAGCCUUAGAGGCGACUACAGGAAUCUCAAUGAUUGCCAGCAUCAUUAUUAUUGGUCUCGUGUGUGCCUUCUAUUCCAGUAUAGGUGGCAUUAAAGCUGUGUUAACAACUGACAUAUUUCAAAUUUUUCUUAUGUUCGUUGCCAUAUUUUUAAUUAUUGGCACAGCAGCGAAUGAUGUCGGGGGAUUGGGGCAAAUAUGGGAAAUCGCGAGACAGGGGCAACGUCUCGAGUUUGAUAGGUAUCGCAUUUACUUCUCUAU